AUCUGGACGAGACAAACAGCUGCAGCCCUAAAGUGGCCAUUUUGGAUCUGACUGCUGUUGACUGCAUCUCUCUCUCUCCUCCUGCCUGGUGACUCCCCCUGAUUUCCUGGCCUAUCUUCUGCUCUUUGCGCUGAUUGUUUCAGCGGGGGUGUCCUGGUGCUCUGGGAUGGUAUAUCCGAACCAUGUACCUGGGGAUCCAGAGCCAGAGGCGGAAGGAACACCAGCGGCGCUUCUACUGGGCUAUGAUGUACGAGUAUGCAGACGUGAACAUGCUGCGCCUCCUGGAGACUUUCCUGGAGAGCGCGCCCCAACUGGUGCUACAGCUCUGCAUAAUGAUCCAAAAGAACCGUGCAGAAACAUUACCAUGUGUGUCCUCUGUGGCGUCUCUGAUGUCCCUGGCUUGGGUGCUAGCCUCCUAUCACAAGCUUCUUCGGGACUCUAGGGAUGACAAGAAGAGUAUGAGCUACAGAGGGGCCCUCAUACAUCUCUUCUGGCGCCUCUUCACCAUCUCAUCCAGAGUUAUCUCUUUUGCCCUCUUUGCUUCCAUCUUCCAGCUCUACUUUGGGAUCUUUGUAGUGGUCCACUGGUGUGCCAUGGCUUUCUGGAUCAUCCAUGGUGGGACUGACUUCUGCAUGUCUAAGUGGGAGGAGAUCCUCUUCAACAUGGUGGUAGGGAUUGUGUACAUUUUCUGCUGGUUUAAUGUCAAGGAAGGGCGGACUCGAUACAGAAUGUUUGCAUAUUACACUGUAGUCUUGACAGAGAAUGCUGCCUUGACGCUCCUUUGGUAUUUUUACAGAGAUCCUACAACUACUGACUCAUAUGCCGUGCCAGCACUGUGUUGUGUCUUUCUUAGCUUUGCUGCUGGGAUAGCUUUGAUGCUCUUCUAUUAUGGUGUGCUGCAUCCCAUGGGGCCGAGAGCUAAGAUUUUUGCCAGCUCCUGUUGCGCCGAGCUGCUCUGGGGCAUUCCUUUGCCUCCUGAUGUUGAGCCCAUGGCACCCGAAACCCCUGGGUACCGGGGGGCCCAGGCUACGCCUACCAGAGCGGUCACGGAGCAACAGGAGGAACUCACAGCUGACACUUGCUUGCCAGUUUUCCAGGUGAGAGCAAUGGUGCCAUCUACUCCAUCUGGGCGAGCCUACUACCCAGAAGGCCCUCUCAUUAAGAUUGACAUCCCAAGAAAGAGAUACCCUGCAUGGGAUGCCCAUUUUGUAGACAGGCGGUUAAGAAGAACUAUCAACAUUCUCCAGUAUGUCACCCCCACAGCCGUAGGUAUUAGGUAUAGAGACGGACCUCUCUUGUAUGAGUUGCUACAAUAUGAGUCUUCACUUUAAAGCUCCUUUAAAAAAAAAAUAAAAGAGGGGAUCUUAUUUUUGUUUAUGGUAAACACAGAUCAUGAAACAAAACACACACCUUCAGAUAAGCUUUCUUUCUGGCUGCUGUAUGUAUAAAAAAAAAGAUAAUCUCUAUGUUUUGUAAGUAAAAACAAAAAGAAAAACUUUUCUUUUGUUUUUUACACACAAGAAACAGUAUUUCAACUUCCACACCUAUGAUCCACAGGUGGAGAAGAGGCGUCUCCACAUCAGAGUUUUAUACCUUACACCAAGUGUAGAACAUUAUAUAUGGGAUUGGUGCUGAUUGAAAAAUAAAAACAAACAAACAAACAAACCUACAACUGCCUUAUGCCCUUAGGUGCUGAGUUUCAUUAAGUACUGUCACCUUUCUCAUGCAAAACUCUUGGGUGAUUUUAUGCCA